AUGACACGGCUGGGGCUGGAAGUCGGAGCCAGGCUGACCUUUCCAUGUGCCCCAGCACCUGCGAGAGUGGUGGGGCACUGGUUUCCUUUUCCCCGGGGCAGGCGCGAGCCCGGAAGAGGCUGGGCGGCCGCCGGCUUAAGUCAGGGGGCUCGGAGGCCCUCCAUCGGAGCACGUGUGCCCGGCGAGCUGGUGCUGCGGGGGCAGGCUCGGCUUUCCUGCAGCGGCCGUGCCCGCCCGUGCCCUCCGCUGCAGCAGGAGAACAAGGUGUUGAAGAUCGAGCUGGAGACCUACAAACUCAAGUGCAAGGCGCUGCAGGAGGAGAACCGCGACCUGCGCAAAGCCAGCGUGACCAUCGUGAGUGCCCCCCGGGGGUGCGCCGCAGCGCCGACCCCCGCACGCCCCCGGGAGGGGCUGCAUCCGGACCCAGGCAGCCCACGGGACCCCCCAGACUCCCGGGGCCCCGCAGCACGGACACUCCUUGCGGAGACCUACUGGUCUCCGGGGGGAGAGGGAGGUGUCCCUUCGGGGCCACGCGGGUCUGUCGUCCUCGGGGGCCCAGGACCCUCGCGGGGUGGCGGCGGGGGAGGUGGCGGCGGGGGGAAGUCGGGGGGCAUUGUCAUCUCGCCGUUCCGCCUGGAGGAGCUCACCAACCGCCUGGCCUCGCUGCAGCAGGAGAACAAGGUGUUGAAGAUCGAGCUGGAGACCUACAAACUCAAGUGCAAGGCGCUGCAGGAGGAGAACCGCGACCUGCGCAAAGCCAGCGUGACCAUCCAAGCCAGGGCUGAGCAAGAAGAAGAAUUCAUCAGUAACACGUUGUUCAAGAAAAUUCAGGCUUUGCAGAAGGAGAAAGAAACCCUUGCUGUAAAUUAUGAGAAAGAAGAAGAGUUCCUCACUAAUGAGCUCUCCAGAAAAUUGAUGCAGUUGCAGCAUGAGAAAGCUGAACUAGAACAACAUCUGGAACAGGAGCAGGAAUUUCAGGUCAACAAACUGAUGAAGAAAAUUAAAAAACUGGAGAAUGAUACCAUUUCUAAGCAACUUACGUUAGAGCAGUUAAUACAGUUUCAGGAGAUAGGCUUUGUGAACUGA